CUUCAUCAACAACGAGUUUGUCAAGUCUGUUGAUGGCAAGACCUUCGAGGUCAUCAACCCCUCCACAGAGGAGGUAAUCACACACGUCCAGGAGGCGAGCGAGAAGGAUGUCGAUAUCGCCGUAGAGGCUGCCCGCACGGCUUUCAACGGCCCCUGGAGGAAGGAGACACCUGAGAACCGUGGAAAGCUUCUUGUCAAGCUGGCCGACCUGUUCCUCGAGAACGCCGACCUUCUUGCCGCCGUUGAGGCGGUCGAUAACGGCAAGGCCUUCAGCAUGGCCAAGAACGUCGAUGUACCAGGUGCCGCAGCCUGCCUGAGGUACUACGGAGGAUGGGCCGACAAGAUCGAGGGUAAGGUCGUCGACACAGCACCUGACACAUUCAACUACAUCCGCAAGGAGCCUGUAAGUUUCUCAAUCGUGACCGAUUGAACACUAUUAACCAUCACAGGUUGGUGUUUGUGGUCAAAUCAUUCCCUGGAACUUCCCCAUUCUUAUGUGGGCGUGGAAGAUUGGCCCUGCCAUUGCCACCGGUAACACUAUUGUCCUGAAGACCGCUGAGCAAACCCCUCUCUCGGCUUACGUCGCCUGUACACUCAUCCAGAAGGCUGGUUUCCCCCCUGGUGUCAUCAACGUCAUUACCGGUUUCGGUAAGAUCGCUGGUGCUGCUAUGUCCUCGCACAUGGGCAUUGACAAGAUCGCCUUCACUGGUUCCACCGUUGUCGGUCGCCAGAUCAUGAAGGCUGCUGCUGGCUCCAACUUGAAGAAGGUCAGCCUCGAGCUUGGUGGCAAGAGCCCUAACAUCGUCUUCGCCGAUGCCGACAUCGACGAGGCGAUCAACUGGGUCAACUUCGGUAUCUACUUCAAUCACGGCCAGUGCUGCUGCGCCGGUUCGCGUAUCUACGUCCAAGAGGAGAUCUACGACACGUUCCUUGAGAAGUUCAGGGCGCGCGCUGCUGCGAACGCUGUUGGUGACCCAUUCAAGGAGGACACCUUCCAGGGUCCCCAGGUUUCUCAACUGCAGUUUGACCGCAUCAUGUCUUACAUUGAUGACGGCAAGAAGGCUGGUGCCACUGUUGAGACCGGCGGUAAGCGCGCGGGCGACAAGGGCUACUUCAUUGAGCCCACUGUCUUCUCGAACGUCACCGAGGAUAUGAAGAUCCAGCAGGAGGAGAUCUUUGGCCCCGUCUGCACAAUCUCCAAGUUCAAGACCAAGGCCGAGGUCAUCAAGAUGGGCAACAGCUCCAACUACGGUCUGGCCGCCGCUGUUCACACCACCAACCUCAACACCGCCAUCGAGGUUGCCAAUGCACUCCGCGCUGGUACAGUCUGGGUCAACACAUACAACACUCUCCACACAGCUUUGCCCUUCGGCGGCUAUAAGGAGUCCGGAAUUGGACGGGAGCUUGGUGAGGCUGCUCUGGACAACUACCUGCAGACCAAGACAGUUUCGAUCCGUCUGGGCGAUGUUUUGUUCGGUUAAGCGCAUUUUGACAUGAAGAAAAUGAAAACACGGCCUUGUACAUAGUCUAUAGUUACGAGAAUCAAACAAAGUAAAAGAUUUA